AUGAUUGAGAUAGAUUUUAAAGAACCAACACUAGAAACAUAUGACUUAAUGAAGACAGCAAUAAGAACGGGAGAUUUUAAGAUAUUUAAACAACAUCUCAUAGAUAAUAUGAACAUUACAUUGUAUAAGAAGAUGGCUACAAUUGGACUAUUUAAAGAAGUAGCUAAAGACAUUAAAAAGAUGCAAGAUGGAACAAACAAAGUUUUAAAGGAAAUUAAUAAAGAUGAUAAUGAUGAUAGCAUUCUUGAAUUAGCGGAGUUUUACGCUAAAACCUUUAACAUGAAUCAGUUAAAAGAAGAAUUGUUUAAAUUAAAUGAAACUGAUUCGAAUACAAGUUUAAAAAUGGACAUAGCUUUAUGUAAAAUUAGAAUGUCUAUAAUAUUAGAAGAUUCUGAAAAAUUAAAACAGAAUAUUAAAAAGGCUGAAAAAUUAGUUGAAGAUGGUGCUAACUGGGAUAGAAGAAACAGGUUUAAAGUUUAUAAUGGUUUAUAUCAUUUAAUUAAUAAGAAUUAUGAUCAAGCAGAACCAUUACUUUAUGAAUCAUUAGCAUCCUUUGAAGCUGAAGAAUUACUUUCAUUUGAUAGAGUUGUUAUGUAUCUUAUUUACACCUCUCUUUUGUCUUAUAAAAGACCGUUGUUUUAUCAAAACAUACUUAUUAAUGGUGAUGUUUUAAAAUAUAGAGAAUUUUUAGAAUUCCCCAUGGCUUUAUAUAACUGUGAGUAUGGUAGUUGUUUUAGUAGUCUCAAAAGAUUUAUUGAUAUUAACAAAGAAGAUGUAUUUCUGUCACCAAUAGAAGAUGAAUUUGUAGACGAGAUGAAAAUAUUGUGUUAUAAUCAGUUCUUAUACAGUUAUCAAACAGUUGAAAUUGGUAGAAUGGCAGAAUCUUUUGGGAUAACAAUAGAAGAUUUAGAAUCAGAUUUAAGAAAAUUUGUAUUUAAAAAUCGUUUAACAAUUAAAAUUGAUAGAAUUGAUGGAAUUAUUCACGUUGAUAACAUUAUGAGUGUUUCUGAAAAUAACGACGAUACUGAAUGUGAGGAAACUCUCAGGUAUGUACGUAAGCAAAUUAUUUGA